UCACUGCCCCGCACACAUGGUUUGUGGGCAAUGGCCAGUGAUGGAAUCCAAAAGCACAAGCCCUUAGCCGAGGAAUACCAUACCAACACAAAAUCAAUCACAUGUGCGUAGUCUAAACUAAAGGAGGUGAUGUCCCAGUAUUGGUCAUGCACAUUCAUGUAACUAUGUAAGGAUUUUGGUAAAGAAAGAUAGAGAAGCAAUAAAAAGCAUGCUGAUAUGAUAUCUUUUCCACACUGUUAGUUAUCAGACCAAAACAAUUCCAACUCAAUCCUUCGUGACAAAGUAACAUCGUCCAAUCCAAUAUGAUAUCUUUUCUUUUUUAUCAUAACAACUUGGUCGUCCUUCUUUUUUGACACUUUUUUUCUCCCCUUCUCACUCAUCACCUUUAUCUUCAACACUCCCCCGCCUCUGUGGGCUUUUAUUCAUGUUCUAUGCCAUUCACAUGUCUUUAAAGCACAUGCUGCUGCAUGAAUCACACUGAAACUCCAACUGUGUCAUUCUUCUACUUUGCAUUUACACUCUCUGAUAAUGGCCAAGGAAGCUUCUCUGUGCCUCUUGUUCCUCCUCUCCUCUCUCACUAUCUCCUGUUCUGGAUCUGUGGAGGGUUUUUCCUACCGUGAGAGAGGACACACUUCAACAUCUGCUAGAACCAUAUCAUUCCUCCAGCAAAGCAACGUUCCCCCGUCUCAGAUUCGAAUUUUCGUCACAGAUCAUAGGAUUUUGAGCACUCUCAGCUACUCCAAAGUGCCAACAGAUGUUUACUUGAACAAAAGUCAAGUUGAAAAUUUCAUUACUUCAAAACCUUCUGAACUAAAAGCUCAUCUACUUAACAUUCUCCAAAAUUCAAACAUCAAGAGCAUCAUUGCUAGCUGUGGCAGUGAGGGCUUAGCACAAAAUGAGAUGCCUUUGUUCUUACAUGCUUUGAUAUCAAUUAGUUCAGUUCUUAGAGAGCUUCACUUAGGGAGGGAGGUAAAAGUCUCAGUAGCAUUUCCACUUUCAUUCUUAGAAAAGUUGAAUGCAUCACAUGAAAACAAUAUUCGUAGGAUUCUUUCAGUUAUAAAGGAAAUGAAAUCCUUUGUCAUGGUAGAAGACUACAUUGAUGGAGAAUUCAGCAUCGGGGAUCACUUUGUUCAUGCUAUCAUCAAACGAGCCACUCUUGCUGCUUCCAUUCUUCCUUGCAAGGAUGUUCCCAUUGUUCUGGCAAUAAAAAGCACAGUUAUCUUCCCUUCAAUGGAAUUAGCUCAAUUUAGUGAGAGAGUGUCCAAAUAUCUAGAAUCCAAAACUCAUAUUAGAAAAAGAAUAGCAGCAUUAUACAUAGAGGUGCACAGAACAGAAGAUUUUGCUAGCAAAAAGCUCAAAAGGAGAAGUCUAGAUGACACAACCAACCCAACAAACACAGUUUUCCCCACAAAUCCAGCAUCAUCCACACCGAUCAUCACACCACCAGAUACACCAACCAUCAUAACAGUUCCUGCUACUAAUCCUGUCACAAUUUCCCCUUCCAAUCCUGCUGCAAUGCCUGUGACAGUUCCUUCCACCACACCAGUGCCUAUACCUCCCACAAAUCCAGCCAAUUCACCAGUACCUGUGAGCAAUCCAGCUACAACAACUCCUGUAGCAACACCACCGCCAGUAACCAUCCCUGUGACAUCUUAUCCACCUCCAUCAGGAAAUGUUCCCGUCGUAAACCCGCAACCGCAACCACCUCCUGCAAACACUAAUGCUCCUGCCAUUCAGGGGCAGAGUUGGUGUGUUGCAAAGCAAGGAGCCCCUGAAGCUUCUCUUCAAUCAGCUUUGGACUAUGCUUGUGGAAUGGGUGGUGCAGAUUGUUCUCAAAUUCAGCAGGGUGGAAAUUGUUACAGUCCAGUUACUUUGCAGAGCCAUGCUUCUGUUGCCUUCAACAGCUACUACCAGAAGAAUCCAGCUCCAACAAGCUGUGACUUUGGAGGGACUGCCACCUUAGUUAACACAAAUCCAAGCACGGGUUCGUGCAUCUUCCCAUCAUCAUCAUCAACAACAACAACGCCAAAGUCAUCAUCACCCCCAACACCACCUACGCAAUCAAGUCCAACAACACUACCACCACCAAGUCCAUUAACACCUGCACCAUCUAUUCCAACAGCACCACCAACAUCUUCAUCUUCAGGAACAGGCCCUUUCGGGUAUGGUGCCCCACCUUCAGUGUUAAAUUCAAGCAAUCCAGCGUCAGGUAUAAUGCCAGGUUUUGCUUCUGAUAGCCCUCCUGUUGUAAAUACCACUUCGGCCUCGCGUUCUGUGAGUUUGAGACCUUUUGUUGGCUUCACUAUUCUGAUGGUAUCAUUUGUCACUACGAGACUCAGUAUGCACCCAUAGAGUUCAGAAACCAAGAUUUCCAUGAAGAACAUAGAAUGAGAUGCUCAAUAGUACCUCUAGCUAUACGUUGGAGUUGUAAUGAUAUGUAGCAUUACAUUAGAUGCAGUGCGUAGGUCUGUAGGAGCAGAAAGUUAUUAGAGUAAGAACGGAACAAAGGUACUUAAGUGAUUAUGAGCAGCCAAAAUGAUCAUGGAUGAGCUAAAAUUCAGUUGAGGUGAAGGUGAGGGAAAUGAUUGCUGCUUAUGGUAUGUAGGUUGUACAACCUACUAUGAUUAAUAUUGAUCAUGUACAUAAUUUUUGAAAACUAGUAUUAGUUCCUUUCAUUGUAUGGAGUUUGUAGUUCAUGUAAAUUGGUCAGAGUUGUUCUGGAAAUUGAUCUUCGUAAAUGGGGGGAUUGUUAUUCAUCAAAUAGUCCCAUACUCCCAUUUCAAAUUUUAUGAAGAGUGUGAUUUAUGAGACACUACCAAGGUUUAGAUAGAUGGGUUAUCUAAUUAUGAUGCAUUUUGUGUGUGUACACACUAAAAAGUUAAUCAUGUUGCUGAUA